UGCAGAUGUUUAGCAAGAUGCUUUUGAGAAGGUUUUGUGUACGGCCGUUUUGUGAGACGUUGACCCAGGGCAUUAGUUACAAAACCGAACUCAAGCGCACAUAGCGAUUUGCUAAACUAAGCUAUUGUCCGCUUAAACCACAGCGUGAUCUGUACCAGAGCAUAGAGUGUGUUGCAGCUUGUCGACCCAGAAUUAUGAAUGCGUUCAUGUCCACGUUACUAUAGUACCGAACAUGCAUAAAUAAUUAAUGUGAAAACGUUUCAGCCUUCUAUUAGGCGGUCGCGGGCCGCGGUGUCGAAACAUGCCCAGCUUAGAGCGGCUGAUAGCGGAGGUGGAGCCUAAUGUUAUUACGGAGGUGCUCACACGAGAAUGUAUACAGAUACAAGGGGGGGAACCCGACACAGCAGCCAACAAGAAGCGCAGCAUGCCGUUCCGGGACGUGGAGUGCUUGGCAUUCAGCUUCAAGAACCUGGCUUGCAUCGACAACUUGAGGGGGUUGGACAACUUGACAAAGCUUCAGUUGGACAAUAAUCAAAUCAAGAAAAUUGAAAAUCUGGCCCACUUGACAAACCUGACCUGGCUUGACUUAUCCUUUAACAAAAUCAGCGUCAUCAGUGGCCUGGAAACUCUUACAAAGCUGGUUGACCUCUCGCUGUUCAACAACAACAUUUCCAAGAUUGAAAACUUGGACACGCUGGUCAAUCUCAAUGUCCUGUCACUGGGUAACAACCAGCUGACGCAGCUGGACAAUGUCAUGUACUUGCGUCAGUUUAAGCAGCUGCGGCUGGUGAACUUGGCGGGAAACCCCAUCUGCAAGGACCACGACUACCGCUCCUAUGUGCUGUCGCACAUUAAGGACCUCAUCUACUUGGACUACCGCAGGGUGAAUCCUGCUGAUGUGCAGGCGGCCCGGGAGCAGCACCAGGACGAGAUGAUUGAGCUGCAGGAGCGCGAGGAACAGCAGGCGCAGGAGGAGAAGCUCACUGCGGAGCGGGAGGCACACAACAAACUCAUGACGCAGGCGAAUCUGGAGGGAGUGGAGACGCUCAUAGACGAUAUGGUGAAGGAGGAUCCAGAGUGGACCCGACUCGUCCAGGUGCCCAAUCUGUUGGACCCAUGGAACGACAUCCGUGACAAGUUCAAUGUCGCCACGGACGAGUUUAAGGCUUCCAUCUUGGACCAGCAUAACCGCAAGAAAGCCGAGUAUGAGGAGUGGCUCAACGUGGUGCGAGGGUACCUGGACGAGAAGGAUGCCGAGGCACGCAAGCUCAUUGUUGAAUUCGAGAAGGCCAAGAAACACACGGCCCGCACCGUCGUUGACAACCCGGCUCUUGCAGAUAACCAGAUCCUCAGCCUCAAGGUGAAGUUGAUGUCGCUCAAAGACCAGCUGAUGGCAAUUGAGAUGGAGACGGUGGAGAUUCUGGAUGGGCUGGUGCAGGAGUUUGACCGCGCGUAUUCGGAGUUGGCGGAAACCAAUAAGGGGCAGUACAACACGUAUUUUACCCAAGUCCGUGACCUGCAAAACUCGUUCUUCAACCAGCUCACAUCUGUCGCAAUGACGGUGUUUGAGAAGUACAACCAAGAGAACAGCGAUAUUGAGAGCCUGCCGGAGGAUGCACGGACGUUGCUGCAGGACAAGGACAGUCUGAUGAAUGCGCUGCAAGCCAGCCACGACGCGCACAUGCAAAAAAUCGAUGCGUUGGAGGAUCGGCUGAUCAGCCAGGAGCUGCGCAGCGCCAACGACCUUACAUCAUCCAACGCCACUUGGGCUACCAGGCGCAAUCGCGACCGCAUUUCAGAGAUCAUCAACUAUGUUGAACGCAAUGUGCUAGAACUGGACGAGCUGGCGGGCGACGACGAUGGCGGGGAGUCUUGAUCAAGGAUCUGCAUCUGAGUGCUGCACAUUAACUGGUGGUUCGUCAUUUGUGUUGCCAAAUAAUAGGAUAGGUCAAGGAUUUGCCGAGGAUAGGUCACAGGCAUGUGACAUCGCACUUAAGUUAGAGGCAAUUUCGUGUGUCGGCUUAGUGGCAACUGCACGAGGUUCGAUUGAACGGUGAAAGUUUCGGGUAAACGGUACAGCAGAUGUAUAAACAAGGUAACUAGAUAGUGCUCGUUUAGGACAAAAACAGAUAUGAUAUGGAAAUUAUACGCUUCGAUGCUACGAAACGGUUCGAUCAUGUAAGCAUACGGUUCGAUCAUGUAAACCUGGACGCUUGGAAAAGAAAUUCUAAUUAGACUGCAUAACUUUCUUUCCCAUUUGGUCGUUAGAUUUUUUUCACUUUCUUUGUUAGACGAUCUGGCAGCCUUUUGAGCCCUCGAAUGUCAUGUACGUGUUAUGUAGCAGAAGUUGUGGACAAGAAAGUUUGACGCAUAUGCGGAGUCGACCUUACAGUUGAUAAUUAAAGACGCCCAGCAUCUGUGAACCACAGAUGUAUACCAAAUCUCCUGCCGAACUCCACACCGCCCCCGGUUACACUAACGAAGUCAUCUUGCACGCAUGAACAAUCCCGAUUCGACUUGCUUAUUAAAUCAUGCGACGUGUCCUGACAGUGAACACUCGCGACGAGACAUGUGGCAUACAAAAAACCCGCAACUGUGGCCUCAGUCCCUUAGAUGAAAGGCAUCACGAUGCUUCAGGGAGUUAAGUUAGGUCUGUAUCUUUGUCUUCAUCACAGGCCGAUACAGUUGAAGCGGGUCUCGGACAAACAAGCUCGGCAGUGGCGUAAAUAAUGUUAGUUCAAUAAUAGGCCUCAGGUUGAAGACUGAUAUAUAUUGGUCAAUCUCGGAAUCAUGUGACCCGAGUCCCUCCACUACUUUUAUAAGUUGAGAAUCAUAGGCCAGACUUGAACAUGACGCUACAAAUAUUACUGUCUCAAGCACUAAUUCGUCCACGAUCAUAUUGAAAGUCACGUGGACGACUCAACAGUUGAAAUUAAUGUGGGCUAUCUGGCAACCAACUAUACUAGCGCAAGGCUUGGCAGAUGGUUGCCAAACCGCAGUACAGUCCAUGUACCCGAAGCCACGGAGUGCUAAACAUGAGCCGUCAGGCAGCCAUUUCUCUUC